AUGGCAGACCUUCCCCUUCCUAAGGUUGAGUCCCUGGUGGACUGCACCUCUUUCCAGCUAACUGUGCUCCCCUACCUCACGCAGCUGCAAUGGCUCCCCGCCAGCUUGCGCGAGGCGGGCUGGGAUCUGGAGAGCUUGAAGACUGUCUACCUCGCCACCAAUCCCUUGGUGUUUGCGCUUGCGCUGGGAACUGUCCUUGCUGGAAUCUUCUUUAUCGCUGCUGAGAUUAACCGCAACUACUCGCAGGUGGAUCGCUUCUGGAGCAUCCUGCCCGCAAUGUAUAAUGUCCAUUUCGCUGCCUGGGCGCGUCUGUCCGGCAUUCGUACCGAGACCUUGGAUACUAUCGCUGUCAUCAGCAUGUUAUGGAGUGCUCGUUUGACCUACAACUAUUGGCGCAAAGGUGGCUACACGAUUGGCUCGGAGGAUUACCGCUGGCAAAUUGUACGCUCGCAGGUUAACAACACCUUCCUUUUCACGAUCUUCAACUUCGGAUUCAUCGCCUUGGCCCAGUCUCUGCUCCUUCUGCUCAUCACCACCCCGACCUACGUCUUUGUCAUCGCGGCCAACAACCAGACUGGUGAGACCUUCGGUCUUGCCGACCUGGCCUUCUCCCGCGCCGCCAUCUUCUUUAUCGCUAUCUCCUUCUUCGCCGACCAACAGCAGUGGAACUUCCAGUCUGCCAAGCAUGAGUAUCUCACCAAUGCGCGCAUCCCGGAGCCCUUCAAGGACCAAUACACCCCUGAGGAUCUGGAGCGUGGUUUCGUCGUCAGCGGACUCUGGUCGUGGUCGCGCCACCCCAACUUUGUCGCUGAGCAGGCUGUUUGGGUGACAAUGUACCUCUGGUGCGCCUUCCGCACUGAGAACUACCUCCAGUGGACUGGACUUGGCGUCAUUGGCUACCUUGCUAUCUUCCAAGGUAGCACACGUCUGACUGAGAAGAUCAGCGCGAGCAAGUACCCUGAGUACAGCGAGUACCAGGCUCGCGUGGGCCGGUUCCUUCCUCGCCUAUCUGUUGAGGCCAAGAAGACUGAGUCCAAGGGCAAGAAGGCUGCCCCGGUUGUGGCCGAGGCGCCUGUCGGUGAGGACACCGAGGAGAAGAAGGUCAAAUAA